UCCUAGGGACCUAGAGUUGGACCUGGUUGCUGCAGGAAAAACAAUGUUAACCCAUCCUAGUUUAUUUCCAUUUGAUAGAACCAUGAGGAAGCCUCGCUGGUCCUCCCUCGCUUGUCUGAAGUCCGUUAUGCAAUCCAGGAAAGGCGCUGCGAGUUGAGUGUGUCAUUGUCUCCUGUACAGUCGUUCAAUGCCUGCACUCUAUUCUAUGAGAGUGGUGUAUACGCUGAUGGAAAAUGGAUAGCUAUGACAAGUAUUCCAAACCCGUCCCGGGCAAUCCUUGUACCUCUGGGGAAGAAAGCUGUAUUCAGAGCCAGACCUUUAUGUAAGGACAUAAAGAAUGGAGAAUGGGUUAACAUCACUCUUCCACAAAAUGGUAGUGCAGGUACGGGAGCCAUUGAUGUCAGCUGCAUUUGGCAUAAUAGGCAGUACGUAGAGUGUUCGUGGCGGCGUGGAGAGAAUGCAAGUCGGGACACCAUCUACAACCUGACCUACUGGCAUCAUGGGAUGACUGAAGAAAAGGAGUGCACAAAUUAUACUACAGAAGGUGAUACCUUUCGAUGCUCUUUCCACUUCGCAAAGAUUUUGUCUGAACCUUUUUCAGUUUCCAUCCAUGGCAAUUCCAAAGAUAUUCGGACUGUGUGCCUGGUUACAGAGAUUGGUUUAGUUCCAGAGAUUCCAGUAAAACCUCAUCCUCCGUCCAUCAUAAACAUUAGAAAAAGUAGUGAUGGAGUAUUUCUAAACUGGACUUCUCCUAUGAAUUGGAACAGCGUAUGCUAUGAGGUAGAAAUAAAUAGCUCCAACACAAAGAAAAUGAAGACUGUUGAGGGCAAGACCACCGCAGCAAUUCCCCUCAGUUCUAAUGAGCGCCACACUUUCCGGGUGAGAGCCAUUCAAGAUAGUCUUAACAACCAUUGCAAGAACUACAAGGGAAUGUGGAGUGAGUGGAGCAACCAGGAGGAAUGGGAUGAAAGAGACAACACAUUUAAAUUUCUUCUAUUAAUCCUCAUUCCUUUAUGCGUGACCAUCCUGACUAUCAUUUUGCUGGUUUACCUGAAGAGGAUUAAGCUGCUGAUGCUUCCAACGAUUCCUGACCCGGGAAAGUUUCUAAAAGGAAUGUUUGAAGACCAAAGUGAAGAUCUCCAUGCAAAAGAAAUGUUUGAGGAGCCAAACAUGGAUCUCUGUCCAGCAGAACUGCCAGUCAAAGAAGAACCAACCCAUUUGUUGAUAAUCACAAACAGAAAAGAGAACUGAGGACAUCAAGUUGCUUUCUUUACUCCACAUGACUUAAACCGGAUGCUUUGGGGGGCAGGGAACUGAUGCGCUCACCUGCUGGACAGUCUCUUGGAGUUGUACACAACACCCUUUCCCUGGUACCUCUUUGCUAAAACCAUCUUGCUGGACCAAGCAGGCCCCAGAAAUCCAUCACGUCAGUAGCAGUCCCUUUUCCCUCACCCCUUUGCCCCAGUUUGCCACCCCUGCUCACCCCACUGAACCAUGUCCACAAACAUCAAGCUCUCUGUUAACUUCUGUGAAGCAGCAUUUGCUCUGGGAGAAGAGGCGUUUCUGUCACUUUCUGGAACUGCGAGCGUAUUCGUAGUGGAUCUUGCCUCAGUGUUACAUUCAGCCGCUCUGGAACUUUGAGCUUCUCCAAGUCCAGGAAUUAUUCACAUCAUUUCAAACACGGCUAAAGGGACAGUGAGUCAGGUCACUCGACUGGUGGCGAUUGCUCUUGGCCACAGUGUGUGACAUCAUAGAUUCUUAGCUUAUCUGUCUUGUCUGCCACAAACAUGUAAAUAUGGAAGUUCUGCCAAAGGUUUGCACAACUUUACCUAGUCUUCCCCAGACAUGUUGGGACUUGAAGUCCCAAACAUCUGGUGAAGGCUGCCAACUGCAUACAUUUUUACCUGUGGGAAUGCCAAGGGAAAGCAUUCACAGGACUUAGAAGCCCUAAGGCCAUGAAAGUGCUAAGACCAACCUCUUUUGGUUCCAGUGGAGCUUAUAAAAAGCCUUUUCUAACACCCAGCAGCUUGUGUAUCUGAGCCCUUUUAACACUUGUCAGAAUCUGGGUCCAGGAUGCCUUGUGUGAAUGUCUAAAUGAUGCGUACAUGCCUCUUGUCUGUCUCUCACAGCAAACUUUUGAACAAGCUUGAAGUUUGUGUUAUUAGGGUUGGGUUUUUUUAACAUUGUUAACUUACGAGUAUUUGUUUACUUGGGAUUUAUUUUUUUAACAAUUGAGAUCUGUGAUUUUUGUAUAAAGAAUGAAAAGAAAUACUUUUUUAUAUAUAUAUAAAACAAAAAAGCAUC